CACAGAAAGUUUUGCACCCCUUGUUCACUUUUCACUGGUCUGUUCUUUUUAGCUGCGCUGCCGAACUAGCGCAAUAAGUUAGAGUGAGACAAAUAUGUUUUGUGCAUCAGUUCAGCAGUGCAGCUGUAAAGAACAGACCACAACUAUUUCAUCGAUGGUAUGAAACGUGUUGGCGGUCUUGAGCGCGGUCUAAACAAAUACAAAAAGUAUGUGUAUGAAAACAACUCUUUACAAAAUAUUGUCCACGUUAACGUCCAGUGAUGAUGAUCGCUCCGAAAGUUUCGACGAUAAGCUGGCGCGAAAACUAUAUGAGACAGAAACGUUAAUCACAGAUGAGAUGAACAUAAAAGUAGAGGAUGAAUCUGUCCGAAAAAAGUACUUAGAAACAUUGGUUUCUGUACUAAACAAUAUUAUAAAAGCAAAUGUAACAGAUGAUAUAGAAACAUUCAGUGUGAAACAGAUCCAAUCUGUGAAAAUAGCGGUGGGAAUAACAGUCUCAAUAGGAAUUAUACCUUGUCUGGAACAAGGCGUAGGUAUAGAUAUGGCAAAGCUGUGUCCCAGAGCUGUGAAAAUUCCACAAGAAGAUCUAAGCUGCAUGCAGAGAUACGAACGACUAAAAUAUACAACUAUUGCUCUCACAGAUCUGUUUCACGAUAAUAUCUUACGACCAACUAUACUUUUGUAUCUCGGUGCAAUACUGGCAGCUCUAUUGCAAUUAUCUUUUGCCCCACUGACUAAACCCAACAUAGAAAGCGGACAAACGUCAAACACCAAAAACUGUGACCAGGCACAGUUUCGUGUGACAGUAAAACGAUAUCAAUAUUUAGUGGGCCAGCAAAAAGAAUUUUAUAUUAGAUUAAUUUCGCUGCUAAGUGGUUGCCCACAAUACAAGUGUAUCCAAGAAUUAAUGGUGAUUCAUGGACAGCAGAAAACACCCAAAUGGCUGCGCACGUGCACUCGGAACAUUUUAAUUAGCAAGGUUACGCAGCCAGGCGGAGUGUUGUCGCUAAUCAAUGCGAUUUGCGGCAACGAGUUGGAUAUUGGCGAGAACUGGCCCAUGUUGGACUUGGUCUCAAAGUUGUUAGCAACACCCCACGGAAAGAACUCGGACGAAUAUUACAGACUUGUGUGUCCACAGAUUCUAGAUCUACUCUCGUCGGAUAAAAUCAACCACGGCUCGACGAUAGCGAACUGUUGUAUCGUCGCUCUGUACAAUCGCAACCCGUCCGCCUGUCAUAAGUACAUAAUAGAAGCCAUGUGUACGCCUUUAACAACGGCAGAACCGUUCGUUUCAAGAUCCGAGAAGGAAACGGAACGGUGCAUCACGACGUUGGCGAAAUGCUUUCUAGCCGAGGACGCGAAGUUCAAGCAUCCACCUAGCAAACUCAUCCUGCAUGUCGCUACGCCUUUGUUUUGCCUCUACAACCAAGCCCGUCGAAGCCCUUGUGUGUUGAAGAAACAUUUGCAACAGCUGUUGCUGAAAAUCCUCGAGGACGAGACGAAGCGGGAAGAGCUCUAUUCUGCUUUCCUGGGAUACCGUACGUCGGCUGGAUUCGGGGAUUACGUGACGUCAGAGUUCGGGCCGACCGGUGGUAUCGAGAUCACUGGCUUGAGCGAAGAUCUAGAAUACACUGAAUUGGCUGAUACAGUUCACGAUCUGGUGUGUAUCGCCAAGAACUUAUCGCCCGGUGUGUUCACUUAUGUGUUAAGCUUCCUGUCGAAUAUCAAUCAAACCGAUCGAAUCGAACAACGGGAAAUCUUAGAGACAGAAGACGACCGGAUGAAACACGUGGACAUGCAAAUAGCGGCUUGUGUGCUUCUCCAACAGUUAGCAGAUAUGAGCACGGUUCGCGAGGCGCAAGCGAAGAAACCACAGUGGCUGCUGUCGUUUAUAAAAUCCUUGUUCACCAAAUACACGGAUGCGAAAAGACUGGGCGAAAUGGAGGAGAGCGAGUGUGAGCUACUGUAUCUCAGCCUGAUGCUGGUCAAAACGUCGGUCGAGGAGGAAGCUGAGCUUCAGAUCGAUCUCUUCAAGGAUUUCAGCAUGUUUCUAAAGCAACACGUGAACUCGAGGAUGCCCAAGCAGCUUAAAUCGUUGAUCAACGACGUGGUAGGCUGCGUCGAGACUUACGGCGAGUCCAGCAAGAAAUACUAUCAAGAUUUGUCGGUGAAUCCGACCGAGUCGGAUAAGUUCGACAAGGCCGUGAGAGAUCUCGCGGACCCGUUAAUCCCCGUUCAGGCGAACGGCCUUAUGACGCUCAGGAAACUGAUCGAGAGCCAGGAUCCCUGCACUGUCGCGCGCAGAGGGAUCGUUCUGAGUCUCUUGCAGACAAAUUUGAAACACGAAGACUCGUACAUAUACCUGGCAUCCAUCAAUGGGUUGUGUGCAUUGGCGACCGCGUUUCCGCAGGAGGUCAUAGAAACAUUAGUGCCCGAAUACAUCGACAUGCCAAAUCGCAUCACAGGCACGGAAGUAACCAUCGAGACUAGAGUCAAGCUCGGCGAAAUGUUAGUAAAGACGACAAGAGCCUUAGGUAUGCAGAAAUCAGUUUGUUCAUUGUUCAUUUGUACAGACCAAAUGGCCGGUGCAUCUUCAUCUCACGUCUGCAUCGUGUUAAUUGGUCUCUGCAAAAGUAUUAAUACGCCGAACCAAGAGCCAUCAAUGUUUUGUCGCGUCGUGACAAACGCGAACGCAAUAAUCGAAGCAAAGCAUUUUGCAGGCGACAUGGGCGUGGUUCACAAGAAUUUGCUAGUCAACGGCUUUUUGUGCGCCGUCCGCGACAAGGAGCCUUUGGUGCGAGCUUCCGCUCUCUCUUGCUUAGGGGAGCUUUGCAAAGUUCUGGGCUUCCGACUGGGAAACGUUCUCUCCGAGAUCGUCUACUGCAUCGCGAUAAUAGUGAAAUCCGACAAAGCGCCCGAAUGCCGACGCGCCGCCGUGCUGGUCGCCACGCUUCUGUUUCGCGGCCUUGGCAAGGACACGUUGACCAGUCUCGGUGGCGAAUUGAUCAACUUAUAUCGCGGACUGAAACACCUGCGCGACGAGGACAACGACCCGGUGCUGCAGCUGCACGCUCAGUUAGCCUUGGAGGAAAUCGACCUGAUUGUACAGGAUUUUUUGAGCAAGCCGAGCAAGCUCGAGAAGCAGAUAUUCGUGUUGGACCGGCCGUUGUGAUGCCGCCGGGCACUUCGAUACUCAUUUGUUGUAUAGUAUUUUUAAUUAAUAUGUUACGGUAUUUAUAUAAUAUAUACAAAUCUCUCGCCUU